AUGACUUUUGGCGUACGUUCGUAGUUCUCUCUCUGUUCGGGUAUUUGACUUAUGACUACCGAGAUGUAGAUACAAGUCUUCUAUCUUAUAAAGAGUUCGGUACGUCGUGAACCAUUUCCUAGAGUUGAAGAUGUUUGUGGACGUAAUGCAGAAGCUUCUAGUGGUCUUGAUGAACACCUAGCCAAGUGUACAUGUGAAUAUAAACUGGUUCUUUCUCAGGUCGCACACAGACGUACAGAGAGAUACCUGGUCAUAAAAGGAGUGCGGAAAGCGAAGCAUUCUGUGGUCAUCAACUUAUCCUCUGAGCUCCAGUGUUACUACAUGGCUCAGUACAUCUUUCAUUCUUGCGUGAAGCUAGUUGAAUCGCAAUCGCUCAAGCAAAACAUUGGAACCACAUUUGGUCCCAGUUGUACCUAAAAGAAGACCGAAGAGAGAACAUACCUAUAGACAUACUGAUAUUUGUGUUGGUACACAAUAAGGAAAUGUCAAGGAAAGGAAAACAAACGAAAUGGACAGAGGGAAUGACAGAGAUGUUUUAGAAUGUAAGGAAAGAGCAUUCGAAAUAAUAUCUUCGAAGGAUCCACCGCUUAACCAAAAUGGCAGAAAGAAAGGCUACAUUCAAAUAAUGGCGGAGCUAUGGGAAGAGAAAGGCUAUGGAAGCCUUGGUUUAACCGGCCAAAACCUCAGAGAUCAAGCCUCAAGACUGCRAAACACACAGAAUUGCUCUAAUAUGACGAUUUUAACACAAGUAACCGAAGAAAAUAUCGAAAAUAUCGAACAAAAUGAGGACGAAUAUGCAGCUAAUCAACCAAGACCGACACCGAAUUUGCAUACUAGUUUAUUGCAAUCCCCUGAGGCAUUUCUCGACAAAGAAGGAAAAACCUCAAGCAAAAUUCAGCCAAAUCUACCUGACUUUGAUGUGCUUCCCUCUAAAAUAAAAGAGUAGUAUAGGGGAUGGGGGUUCCAGCGCAACGACCACUGGAGGAUUACCCGUCUAAAG